AUGGAGGCAACAUUUAAAAAUGUACCCAUUGAUGUGAGGAUAACCGAUAUUAUUACAAAUAGUAGCACCUCUUUUAACAUCACCAGUGUAAACGUCCUACUACAACUACAACCACAACCAGUCCUACUACAACUACAACCACAACCAGUUAUACUACAAUUACAACUACAACCCCUGAAACCGGGUCAACAACUGAAACAUCAACAGACACCACAACCCCUGAAACCACAACAACCCAAACAUCAACAGACACUACAACCCCUGAAACCGCAACAACCGAAACAUCAACAGACACCACAACCCCUGCAACCGCAACAACAACCCAAACAUCAACAGACACUACAACCCCUGAAACCGCAACCACCGAAACAUCAACAGACACCACAACCCCUGAAACCGGGUCAACAACUGAAACAUCAACAGACACCACAACCCCUGAAACCGCAACAACCACAGAAACAUCAACAGACACCACAACCCCUGAAACAGCAACAACAACCCAAACAUCAACAGACACCACAACCCCUGAAACCACAACAACUGAAACAUCAACAGACACCACAACCCCUGAAACCGCAACAACAACCGAAACAUCAACAGACACCACAACCCCUGAAACCGCAACAACAACCCAAACAUCAACAGACACCACAACCCCUGAAACCGCAACAACCCAAACAUCAACAGACACCACAACCCCUGAAACCCCUGAAACCGGGUCAACAACUGAAACAUCAACAGACACCACAACCCCUGAAACCGCAACAACAACCCAAACAUCAACAGACACUACAACCCCUGAAACCGCAACCACCGAAACAUCAACAGACACCACAACCCCUGAAACCGGGUCAACAACUGAAACAUCAACAGACACCACAACCCCUGAAACCGCAACAACCACCGAAACAUCAACAGACACCACAACCCCUGAAACAGCAACAACAACCCAAACAUCAACAGACACCACAACCCCUGAAACCACAACAACCCAAACAUCAACAGACACCACAACCCCUGAAACCGCAACAACAACCGAAACAUCAACAGACACCACAACCCCUGAAACCGCAACAACAACCCAAACAUCAACAGACACCACAACCCCUGAAACCGCAACAACUGAAACAUCAACAGACACCACAACCCCUGAAACCCUUGAAACCGGGUCAACAACUGAAACAUCAACAGACACCACAACCCCUGAAACCGUAACAACCGAAACAUCAACAGACACCACAACCCCUGAAACCGGGUCAACAACUGAAACAUCAACAGACACCACAACCCCUGAAACCGGUCAACAACUGAAACAUCAACAGACACCACAACCCCUGAAACCGGGUCAACAAC